AUGGUGUUGGGUCACCACGAUGAGAGACAAGAUGGGCAUGGCAGUGAAAUUGACAAGAGCUUUUCGUUGUCACCACAAAUCUACACUUCUCGAGCUGUUGGCGAUGAAGGUCAAGGAGACUCAUACUAUUACCCUACAACAUGGCCAAAUCUCGAUCGUAUUGUGUUGCUGAACCAAAGCUACAAACCCGAAUACAUAGUGGAAUCUCAAGGACCAACAGACGUGAUAGGACUGGCUUUAUGUUAUACCACCAAUUUCAUGGCACCAGACCCAUCCAACAUAUUUUAUGUUAUUCCUCUCACAUGCCCAGAACUACUAGCAUCCGAAAAAGCAUCUUUAUCUGCUUUUAUAGCCUCAUUUACGUCGCAAAUCAUGAAUUAUGCGACGCCGACAGUUACGAUUUCUGUCACAGCUACCACAACAAUUCUUUUGCCUUCUGGGGGGAAAGUGAUCCUACCGUCGACAACAGCAUCCAAUACACUUAUCACAACUCUUUGUGACCCAGUAACAACUUCGCCUACCGCCCCACCAACUAGCACUGGCACCGAUGCAGCCAAUGCAACAGGUACAUCAAAUGCUUCCAACUCUAAGUCCAGCGGACUAUCACUGGGCGCUAAAAUAGGCAUCGCUUUCGGCGCCAUAAUCCUAGUUUUUCUCCUUCUCCUAGCCCUCCUCCUCCUCCUUCGUCGACGUCGCAAAAACUCCCCACCAAACACAUCCCACACCCCCGAAAAUCUCCUAAGUUCCUCCCUCAAAAAUAACGAAUCUCGCGAUCUCUCCAUCGCCGAAAAACUCAACCUAACCGAUCGCACCGACACAAACACACCCCUCACAUCUCACGGUGCCAUCACACCAUACGAGAACGAUGACGAUUUACCCGCACCAGGAAGUGCUUUUACAGCAAAUACACCCGUACCUAUUAGUCCGCGACGAAGCCAAGUAUCUAACACGCUAAGAAGUCAUGUGGGUAGUAGGGGUAUUAGUAUCACAUCAGGAAUAUCCCGUCCCGUAUCCCCCCUAGGCGGCAAUAAUGGAGAAAUAACCAUAAGUCGAGAAAAUAGCCACGAGAGACUAGACGAACGUAGCAUUUUCGAUGAGGAACCUUAUACGGAUAGUAUCAAUGGUGUGAGCGCAGCAAGCGCAGCAAGUGGUGCGUUGGGAGCUAUCGUAGCUGCGCAAAUGAGAAGUCAGGGGGAUAAUAUAGAUGGUCCGAGGGUUUAUAAGGGGACGCUUCAAGCGCCUUUUUUGAUUGGGUUGGGGAUGUCGGCGGAAGAGGUGGCGAGGGAGGAGGAGGAGGAGAGGAGGAUUGAUAAGGCGAUUGCGGAGGCAGAGGAGGAGAGGAGGAGGGUGAGGGAGAGGAGGGAGAGGUAG